AUGUUGGACCCGAAAAACUUUUCGGAAGACGACGAACAAGAAGAGCUGGAGCCGAUCGAAGAUGCGGUAAAAGAUGGUAUCGAAAAUGCAGACAUUGAUUACGAUGAAGAAUUUGACGACGCAGAAGUCAUUAAAUCUUUCGAGAAAUUUUUGUCGCCUGAAGAAAAGCCAAACAGUGCGAGCUUGGAAGAAGCAGUUGGGAGCAGCGAAAAUGAACUGACUGCUGUAAACAGACCUCCGGAAAGAACUCAAGUAGCGGCAGGGUUUCAUACAGAGUGGAACGUGGGUGACCACUGUUUGGCGAAAUACUCAGAAGAUGGUCAUUUGUACGAAGCGGAAAUUCUAAGCGUCGAUCAUCAGAGAAGGCGUUGCCUGGUUCGUUACACGCAAUAUGGGAAUGAGGAAGAGGUGGCUUUCAAAAACAUGAAGUAA